AUGACCCAGCAGGGCGCGGCGCUGCAGAAUUACAACAACGAGCUGGUCAAGUGCAUCGAGGAGCUGUGCCAGAAGCGGGAGGAGCUGUGCCGGCAGAUCCAGCAGGAGGAGGACGAGAAGCAGAGGCUGCAGAACGAGGUGAGGCAGCUGACGGAGAAGCUGGCCCGAGUCAACGAGAACCUGGCGCGCAAGAUCGCCUCUCGGAACGAAUUCGAUCGGACCAUCGCGGAGACAGAAGCCGCCUACCUCAAGAUCCUGGAGAGCUCGCAGACUCUGCUUAGUGUCCUGAAGCGAGAAGCAGGGAACCUGACAAAGGCCACAGCCUCAGAGCAGAAGAGCAGCGGAGGCAAAGAGAGCUGA